GUUGAAGGGAUGAAGAUGGGUAAAAAUUUGGAUGAACUGUCUAUGGUAGCGCCAUGUUUCACGGUUUGUUUAUUGGGAACGGCAAAAAUAAUGCCAUUUUUUCACAAUGAGGACACUUUUCAAGAAGCCGUGCAGAAGCUUAGAACCAUUCACCCGGAAAUGGAAGAAUCUGAUGAUAUCGAGAGAAAAAUCGUUGUAGAAUCUCAUAAAUUUUUGACGUCGAUUAUCGUAUUUUUUUUCGUCGCCGCCGGGUUGGUGGUUGUUAUGUUUUCAUGUGAACCACUUAUGUUGAUGGGUUACGAUUAUUAUAAUACGGGUGAUGUGGUGCUAAAGUUGCCAUUCCUGAUCAAAUAUUUUUUCGACGCUUACGCUAAUAUAACGAUAUGGGGUUUCGUUUAUUUUCAUCAGGUUUGGUCUUGUAUUAUUGUGUGUGUGAACUUAUUCGCAGCCGACACUUUAUUUUACAUUUUCUGCAUGUAUUUGAGAAUGCAUUUUCGGAUCCUUGGCCAUCAGUUCCAGAAUGUCGUAAGUGUAUCUGGGGAGGAAACCAGGAAAAAUCUGCAGAAAUGUGUUAAAAGGCACCAGGAGUUGAUUCAAUUGGUAAACCUACUUGAGAUACUGUAUUCGAAGUCGACUCUAUUCAACAUAAUAAGUAGCUCCGUUUUGUUAUGCUUAAGUGGAUUUAACAUAACGGUUGUACCAAACACCAGUGCGAUUCUGACAUUCGCUCCGUUCCUUGUGAUGAGUCUCGCUCAAGUCUUUCUCAUCUGCUUCUUCGGUGAUCUGCUAAUGGCCUCAAGUAUCCGAAUAAGCGAAGCAGUUUACAGCUGUCGGUGGUAUGACGCUGAGCCGGCCGUACGGAGAAGUGUACUUAUUAUCAUAAUAAGAUCCCAAAAGCCGUGCAAAGUGACUGCAUCUAACUUCGCAGAUCUCAAUUUGGCCGCCUUUACUACGAUCCUGAGCCGAUCGUGGUCAUGUUUCGCUCUCCUGAAAACUAUGUACAAUUAA